UACAUAUCAACAAUCCAUUUUUGCAUGUGAUUUCUACUUCCAGUACUAUAUAAUUUUUUUAACCAGACCCCAUAUCCAAAAUGUCCAGAAAUCUUGAUGUCUUGAUAAAUUCCAAAUACUAGGGAUAUAACCAAGAAGAUUAAAUGAUACAGUGAUAAAUCCAGUGAUCUGUCUUUUCACACUUUGAGCCUCAUAGCAAAGAUUGUUCUCUUCAUACUCACCCGCAAGCCUCUCUUUAGGAAUGUUUUAAAUAUACUCCCUUGGGGCAGGAUGUAAAAUUUAAUCCACAAACACCUAGAUAUUAGUGUUUAUUGUCUGUUUUUCUUGCGUUGACUAUUUUAUUCAAAGAGUUCUCAGGACUGAUUGUAUGCUGACAGUUAAUCAUAUGUAUGUUUAAGUACUGGAGAAUAUAUUUUACUGUUUCUUUCUGCUCCAGAUUCCUGGCUAAUUAAAGUAUAAAAAACAAAAUCACAAGGCAUCCGUGUUCUCAAAAUCAAACGUUGUAUUUCACUCUAUAAUUUCUGCUGUUUUGCUGGAUAUAAAUUCUUCACCCUGAAAGAAGAAAGGGAUAUGAAUGUGAAUAAUAUUGCUAAUCAGUGUAAUUAUAUUCCUAGUUCUGUAUGCGUAGAUGGACAAAAAGGAGAGUUUUGUGCUGGAAGAAAUUAUUCUUUUCGGCCUCCUUACUAUGAAUCUAUAAUAUCACAUCUUCUUAAUCAGUCAGAAGUAAAUAGCGAGCCAGAUACAAGCUCUCUUCUCCCCUCCUCACAGAAAACUGAACACACGUCUUCUAGGGAAGCCAUUUCCAUGAGUCCAUUGCCUGUCUAUGGCUUUAGUAACACCAGUCAGUUCCAUAAUGAACACCUACAAGCUAAGAGGGCUAGAGUGGAAAAUAUUAUCCAGGGAAUGAGUAUCAUGCCAAACUCAAUAGUGUCUGGUAUUCUAGAGGAAGAGGAUCAACAUGAUUUUGAGAAAGUAAAGGAGAGCUACAGACAGAACAAGAGGAAGCAGAAACUUCCUCAACAGCAAAGUUUCCCAGGAAUUUCGCUGGCAAGGCCUCCUAGAAGCAGCAUCUCAGCAGAAGAAUUCCUUCAGCUGAAAAAACAGCUCCAUGCUUUGCAACAUCAGCUGAAGCAACUUCGAGAGAGGUUUCUUCAACACUAUGAGGAAGAGGAUUCUGGUCCAAGCCAAGAAAGUAUACAGAGAACUAUGGGCUUGUUGAAGGUGUAUGACCCAAAGUUAGACACCAACGGUCAAGUGGCGUGUUGUGACCAACGUAAAGAUUAUUUAUGGAAAAGCACAUCCAAGAUAAGAGGGCUUGUGCUGCCAGAGAAAGAAGAUACAGGCAUUCAAAAUUUGGAAGAAAGAACACUUUCAGAAAUAUUAAAGCAAGAAUUAAUACAGGUAAUAACACAUGCUGUAGACUCAGUUUUGAAAAAGUUCACUCGCUGUAUCACCUCCCAACUCAUCAAGUGGUUUAGCAAUUUCCGUGAAUUUUAUUACAUCCAGAUGGAAAAGUUUGCGAGGCAAGCCCUGUUGGAAGGAAUUACAGAACUCAAUGAUCUCAUUGUUACUAGGGACUCUGAGCUCUUCCGGAUCCUUAAUGUCCAUUACAACAAAGGGAAUGAUUUUGAGGUUCCUGAUGGUUUCUUGGAUGUUGCCAGUCUGACCCUUCAGGAGUUCUUUAGUGCUGUCAGAGCAGGGCGGGACUUGGAUCCUUCCUGGAAAAAACCAAUCUACAAAAUAAUUUCCAAACUUGACACUGAGAUCCCAGAUGUAUUUAAAUCCUCUAACUGCCAUAAGGAAUUUACCCAAGGUUAAUGUACAAUGAUCAUGGCAGCUAGCAUGUGACUGAAAUGAUUGUACAUUCACUGCUGUGUAAGUUUUGACUACUGUACAUACUAACACAGCAGUUGGAAAUCUGAAAUCUGAAUCAACAGAGAAAGCAGUAUCAGUAUUCUAAUAUUUUAUAAAUGUAUGAAAGGGACAUUUUUAGAAUGUCUGCAGGAACUUUUUCUGCUGAAUCCCUAAAUGGUUAUGUCAUUU